GCACAUUUUCUCAAACAAGAGCAGUCCGCAAUCAAGCCGGCGUCAACGUCUCUGCCUCUGCCAUCCCUCACCUGUUUCCUUUGCCUGUCUGAAGCUCAAAUACCAGCGUCUUGUGGUUUUCCAAAAAGAAAAGAAGAGAUAAAACAACUCAAAACAGACCAAAAAAGACAGACUGAAAAAAAAAACCAGAUCGAAAAAAAAUGACGAGCUUUGAAGGCAAGGUGGCGCUCGUCACCGGCUCGGCGAACGGGCUGGGCAAGGGCGUCGCCCUCGCAUUCCUCGAGGCCGGCGCCAAGGUGGUGCUAUGCGACAUCAACGAGGGCCGGCUCAAGGAGGCCGAAGCGGAGCUGUCCGGCAAGGGCGCCGUCUUCGCCCACAAGGUCGACACGACGGACGAGGCGUCGGUCGAGGCCCUGAUGAGCGCCGCGGUGGACGCGUUCGGGAAGAUCGACGUGCUGGUCAACAACGCGGGGAUCAUGGACACGUUCACACCGGUGGGCGAACAGGACAAAGCGCAGUGGGACCGCGUCAUGGCGGUCAACGUGACGGGCACCAUGCUGGUGACCAAGCACUUCAUCCGGCACGUGCUCGGGCAGACGGCGGCGGCGGCGGCGGCGAUCGUCAACGUGGGCUCCCUGGCCAGCUUCAAAGGCUGGGUCGCCGGCGCGGCGUACACGGCGUCCAAGCACGCGCUCGUCGGGCUGACCAAGAGCACGGCGGCCUUCUACGGCGCAAAGGGCGUGCGGUGCAACCUGAUCCAGCCGCCGGGCAUGCCGACGGGCAUCUCGGAGGGCCUGCCGCCCUUCCACGAGGAGGGCAUCCGGACCAGCCGGGACCUGAACCCGAAGGUGACGUCGCCCGAGUCCGUGGUGAUGCUGCCGGACGUGGCGAAGCUGGUCCUCUACCUCUCGAGCGACCAGGCCUCGCUGGUCAACGGCCAGUGCAUCUCGCCGGACAGAGGCCUCAUCAGCGCCUCCUAGCCUGGCCUGCGUGGAAGCUUUGCCUGAGCACGCAACAAAAAAAGAAGGGGGGGUCCGGUCGGGCCGCUGCCCAACGCAUCUGCUAGCCCGGCUACGCGUUCGAAAGUUUUUUUUUGUCUGGUGUGUCAUGUCGACAGUGACGCGGACGAGGCGUCAACUUUUUUGGGUCUCGCCAGAAGUGACUCAUAUCCUGGAGGGAGUGCGACAUGACGGCUCCUUUUUUUUCUUUUUGUUUUCCUACGGCUAGAACAGACUGCUGACGUGCUCAGACAAAAGAAGAAGAAGAAGAAGAAGAAGAAGAAGAAGAAGAAGAAGAAGAAGAAGAAGAAGAAGAAGAAGAAGGAAAAAAAAAGGGAAAUUCUCAUGUAACCGAAUAGUAGAAUGCAAAUGAAAGUAGCCGUUCAUGAAGCAUAGGACUCAGUCUUGAAUCGAGUGAAAAAAAAAGAAUGAUAGGGAUGAUGCUAUCAAAAAGCUAUGAUCAAAG